UUGCCUACACCCCACCUCUUGGUUAGGCAUUAGUACCCUUGCGCACCUUUCUUCCAUUAUUCUCCGUGGUGCUGCUGAUGCUGGUUGCAGGUGCCAUUGAUCCGAGCGAUAUCUUGUCUCUUCCUGGGUCCGGAAUUCAAUUCUGCGUUUUCGUCAAUAACUGGAAAUGGAGUCACGGUGAAUAUCAAGAUUAAUUGAUAUUGAGAAGAAAGGGUUCUAGGCUUGUCCAGGUUGAGGUGUGUGAUUGUCAUCACUAGGAUGACAACUGGUUCUGCAGACGAGAAAGUUCUUAGCUACAAUGAUGUAGUUCUCAGGCGAUCGGAUCUUGACAUUCUUAGUGGUCCAUUUUUUCUGAAUGAUCGCAUCAUCGAAUUCUAUUUCAGUUAUCUCACAUCCUGUCAUCCUUCAGAAGACAUCCUCCUUGUGCCUCCUUCAAUCACAUUCUGGAUAAAAGAGUGCCCUGAUACCGAAAGCCUAAAAGAGUUUGUCGAACCCCUUCAUCUAUCUCAAAGGAAAUUAAUAAUCUUCCCCAUCAAUGACAAUGCUGAUGUGACUAUGGCUGAAGGUGGGAGUCACUGGAGUUUACUUGCGUACGAAAAAAAUGCUAAUUUGUUUGUUCAUCACGACAGCAGUCAAGGAGGAGGCGUCAAUGGCUCACACGCCAAAAGGGUGUAUAGAUCUGUCACUUGUUUUGUAGCAUCUGAUGCUACCUAUGUUGAAUGCUUUGAUUCGCCAAAGCAAGUAAACGGCUAUGAUUGUGGGCUAUAUGUUACUGCCAUUGCAAGAGCAAUUUGUGAGUGGUUCGCGUGCGGAAGACCAAAGGAUGAACAGAAGUUGUGGUUCACUUCCAUUAAGGAGCAGGUAACUCCAUCCCUUGUGUCUAAGAUGCGCAGCGACAUCUUGGAAUUAAUACGUAGUUUAAUGGCCACGCCAUGAAUUAAUUGUGCUUAUGCGCAGAGAGUUCUUUCAUGGCAUGGCAGCUAAACUUGUAUGUAUAUUUGACAUCUCAUUUAUCAGAACUGAAUUAUGCAUUUCAUAA